AUGGCCCUUGUAAAACCAUUUAACGUAUUACUUUUGCACAAUGUGAAAAGAUGUAUACCAAUAAACAUCAUCCAGCAGUACAGUAUGUUUCCAAGUUCUUAUAGAAAUCCAAUUUUUAAAAAAGAUGAACAAGAAAAAGUACUUCAAAGUGAAGAAGGAAUUACAUUAGCUCAUAUGCCUAUUAAAUCAGCCUUUACCUCUGAUACAUCGUCUGAAUUUCAUGAUGUACUUGCUAGGAAAUUCAUGAACUAUAUAAUGCGUGAUGGUAGAAAAGUAUUAGCUAGAUCAUUACUGGAAAAAACAUUUGAAAAUAUUAAAGUAAUGCAAUUAGAACAUUAUAAUAAGUCAUCACCUGAACAAAAACAAUAUAUUGAAUUGAAUCCAAAAGUAAUUUUGGAACGCGCCAUACAGAAUUGUACUCCAAUUUUGCAAUUGAAAAAGAUUAAAAAGGGUGGAAUUACUUAUCAGGUUCCAGUACCAGUGACUGAUACAAGAGCUAGUUUUUUGUCAAUGAAUUGGUUAAUUCGAAGUGCAAAAGGAGAAGCAACUAAAACACCAUUACCUACAGUGUUAGCACGUGAACUUCUUGAUGCUGCUAGUAAUAAGGGACGAGUCGUCAAAAAAAAGCAAGAAUUACAUAGACAGUGUGAAGCAAAUCGGGCUUAUGCGCAUUUUAGAUGGACAUAAAUAUAAAAACU